GUGAACCCGGAAUAGGAGGUCCUAGUGCGCGAAGCAAUCAGAACGCGCCAAGGGCGUGGCUUUAGCGGCAUGGAUUGCCUACGUCAUAUUGAAACUAUCCAAUCCGAAACUUCAGAUGUUAGACACCGCCAAGAUUGGUUUUCAGACUAGGACGGUGGAAGGUAACAGCUGAACACGAAUCUCGUGCUAACGGCUAGCAAAGGCAAUAGACUGGUGUUUAUCGAUUGAAAGGGGGGAAUUUAUACAUUUGACAUUCGAAAGGAUGAUUUGUCUAUCUAGCGAUCUCUCCAAAAGAUAGGCUAUCUGCUUUGUAACUUGUUAUGUUAGCAAGUUAGCUAGCCACUUGCUACUGCUAACUAGUGCGUUGACCUCGUUGGCUAGCCAGUUUGCUAACGRUGACUAAUUUACCCAACUAGUUAGAAUUGCAAGACUGGUUAGAUACACCUAGCUAUCCGUUAUGGUUAUCAAGCCCACCAGCUGACCAUCAAAAUAUGAAUCGUGUUAUUGUAGUUAGCCAGUCAUAACCAAUAUAAUUUAGUCACUUUCUCUUGCACGUUAGUGUCAAGUUAUAUUUAUGAAAUAUUUCGUUGUCAUUGAUGGUUGCAGAUUUAUUCCUACAAUAUAACGUUAGUAGGCAAAGUUUUGUCCRAGCUUGCUAGCUAACAGUAAUAUUCUAGUCUUCGCCUACCGACCAAUUACUACAUGUACGACAGCUAGAUUAUAGCUAGCAAACUAGACCAUUUGGUUAUUUUUUACCAUUUACGGCCGAUGUAUCCGAGCGCUAUUAAUGUAAUUUAUAGUUAUUAGCUAGGUGGCUAGCGAUGUUACUUGGAAAAGCAUCCAUUUUGAGAUUGAGACAUGAUGGACCAGAAAGCUGCCUAACUAAUUCGUUAAGGUCAAACUGUGCAUGGAUUUAGACCUCCUCUUCCUCUGUCCUCGAUGCCAACAAAACAGCCGUCGAAGAAGCAGACGAAAGAGUGCACUCGGAACUCGUUGGUGACAUCAGAGCUUCCCUUUCUUCAGACAGAGCCGAGCCUUACUUUGUUCCGACAGGAUGAUGGCCAAAGAUGUUGGUCUGAUGGAAACCAAUGGAGAACUGAAGGUUUUUAUUGACCAGAAUCUGAGUCCUAGUAAAGGUGUCUUGUCUCUGGUUGCUGUCCAUCCUGUAUCCAUCCCUGUGGCCAAACAACUACUGCCCAAAACACUGGGGCUCUCCAAUGUCAACAUUGCUCCACACAUGGUUAUUGGCACGCCCCAGAGGCCCAGUGUUUCCAGUGCCAUACUGGUGAACAGCCCUCACACACCCAGCUCCCAGUUCCUCACACAGAGUCAGCCGGCCGACGCGUCGCCUUGGUCAUCGGGGAAGCGUGGUAAGAAGGGGGAGAAGAAUGGCAAGGGCUUGAGGCAUUUCUCCAUGAAGGUGUGUGAGAAGGUGCAAAAGAAGGGUGUCACCUCGUACAACGAGGUGGCAGACGAGCUGGUGGCAGAGUUCAGCGCUGCAGACAACCACAUCUCCCCCAAUGACUCUCAUGUGUAUGACCAGAAGAACAUCCGUAGGCGUGUGUACGACGCGCUCAAUGUGCUCAUGGCCAUGAACAUAAUCUCUAAAGAGAAGAAAGAGAUCAAGUGGAUCGGUCUGCCCACAAACUCGGCCCAGGAAUGCCAGAACCUAGAGGUGGAGAGACAAAGACGACUGGAGAGAAUCAAGCAGAAGCAGUCACAACUCCAAGAGCUUAUAUUACAGCAAAUAGCCUUUAAGAACCUGGUGCAGCGGAACCGACAGACGGAACAGCAGACAAACAGACCUCCACCCCCCAACUCUCUCAUCCACCUCCCCUUCAUCAUUGUCAACACUAGCAAGAAGACUGUCAUCGACUGCAGCAUCUCCAACGACAAGUUUGAGUACCUGUUCAACUUUGACAGCAUGUUUGAGAUCCAUGACGACAUUGAGGUGCUGAAGCGUAUGGGCAUGGCCUGUGGCCUGGAGGUGGGCAAGUGUUCCCCGGAGGACCUGAAGGUGGCACGCAGCUUGGUGCCCAAAGCCCUGGAGCCCUACGUCACAGAGAUGGCCCAGGGCCCGAUCAGUAACGUCUACAUCACUGGAGGAUCCUCCACCAACGGGGGGCGCCAUCACGGCCAGGGCAGUGACAGUGGUGCAGAUGGUCCCCUGGCCUCCAGCUCUAAUGACUCUCACUACAGUGGCUCCCGUGUUGAGACUCCUGUGUCGUACAUGGGGGAUGAUGACGAGGAGGAUGACUAUGAUGAGAAUGACGAUGACGAUUAACCUCCUGCCACUUCACGCAUUUCUCCUCUCCAACAAGCAGUCUGUCUCUGCAUCUCUCUCUGUAUCGCUUUUUCUCAAGGGCGUUGAAGAAUGUUUGAGUAUGGAGGCUGUGCAACCCUCUUCUCAGAGCGGGGUCCUGAAUCACAUGAUAGCCAAUGGCUCUCUGGGAAGUGUAGUUUAUGGCUUUGGCACUGUGCUGCGUCCUUUCUGUGUAUUAUCACCUCCUCUUGGCAAGCCAUCCCACUCGAGAAUAAAGCUACAACAAAAAAUCUUCCAGACAACUCAUUGCUGUUGGAGAAUGUAUAGUGUUCCUUGUGUGUGAAAUAGUUAUCUUUAUUAUGUUUUGAUUACGUUGGAGAGACUCAAUGGUGAACCACUGUUUCAAGAUGGCUGCCAGUGUAACUGCACCAGCGCUCUGGCUCAGAGACAUUCACUGGAUCCAAAAUGGCUGAUUUAGUUGCCAAAACGCCCUAAGAAAGAUUGAGACUGCCCUUUUGAAAGUGUGGACACUAUUUUGUUACACCUCCCCUCCCCUGCUAUUUGUGGCAUUGAUUUCAAGCAGAGAUUUUGUAUCUGCUCCCCACAGUUCUGUAGGCAGCUGCUUUUCUGGUCCUUGUUUUUGUUUUUGGAGUGUUUUAGCAGCGACUCAAUCCCUCAGACCACCCUGUCACACCGUGGUAGUGUUUACAAAUGACCGGCACCGGCGAAGAAAAUAACUCCUACCCACGCUAACUAUAGGAACAUGUUAAGCUUUGUUUGUGAAAUGUAAACGGAUGCUGUGAAGCUUUUAGUUUAUAGCAUCCUUUACAGGUCAGUGGCGGAAGGAAGACCUGGACAUGAUCGAUGUAUCAAAUAUGUGGGUUGUGUAGGUCUCUAUGGACUCACUUCGAAGAUCUCCUUUUUCAAACUGAACAACCCAUGUACUGAUUCUUCCAAAAUACCUUUUCUGUAAUCUAAUAUAAGUUUGAAAAUUAAAUAUAGAGAAUGUUUUAACAA